UUUCAGCUGUUUGGGUUCAGUUUGGUUCGGUUUAUUUUGUAUACGGUCGAUUUGUGGUGCGCGAUCGCGGCGACUUCUUUUAAUUCGAGUGAAAUAAUUUGAUUAUUUUUGGUUGCAUUAAGUGCUCAUUGGUGACUUUUGCAAUGGCUGUUUUGUUGGCGGACAUUGACGCGACCUGUUCCAACCUCGGCCACGAUGAUGGGGUCAAGUAUCACAUGGAACCGGGUACGAUCAACGGAUUGAAGCAUUUGAUUUGGAUUCUUAAGCGUGAGGGGGAGGACAAUGAGUACCGGCGUUACAUCGGCCAGAAGAAGGUCAUGCAGACAGAUUUGAUUCCGAUGCUGAUGAGCAACUUUGACAAUCCGGAGGUGGCGGAUGUCUUGCUUAGAUUGAUUGUGAAUUUGACUUAUCCGGUGCUUCUACUCUAUAACGGAAACUACCCAAAGGACAGUGUCGGUCGGCGUAAUUUUCAUCGACUGGUUGAGAUUCUGCAGACUUACAAGGAGGCGUUUGCCGUUCAGCAAGCGUGGAUAGCCCUUGGGGAUCGCCUGCAGAAAGUGUUGAAGAUGGACUGGGCUGAACGUACCGAAGAGCAAGAGUUGAUCAUCGAGCGUAUCCUCAUGCUGAUCCGUAACAUUCUCCAGGUGCCGUCCUGUGUUGAAGCCGAAAAUCGUUACGAAAAGGCCGCCAGCGUGCACGAUCAGGUGCUUUGGGCACUGCACCAAACGGGCAUUCUGAAUCUGGUUCUGUACAUCCUCGGAUCGGAACACGAGCACCAGUACCAUCUGCACUCGAUGGAGAUCACCUGUUUAAUCUUCCGCGAACAGACGGCCAUCAGUCUGGCGGACGCGCAGCUAACGCGAACGGCCGCCGAGAAGAAUCGCGACGAACUGGAACUCAUCAUGUCACGAAAGCGCGAAAAAGCUCACCAACAGGUGCGCAUUCCAGUGGCACGACACUCCCGGUUUGGUGGCACCUACGUGGUUGAAAACAUGAAAUCCAUCUCGGACAACAAUCUGAUUUGCCAUCAGUCGCUACAGAAUGCACUCAAGCUUGAGUUUGACACAGACAAGGCACCGGUGAAAAAAAGUUUUCGGCACGUGAAGGAAUCGGGCACGGUCGAGCGGAAGAGUGCGUUCUCGGUUCGGUUGUUUUUGCGUCAGUUUUGCAUUGAGAUACUGCGCGCGUCGUACAAUAACUUGGUGCGGCAGGUGCGACGUGUGCUGGAACGGCACGCCGGACAGGAAGCUGGCGGUGGCCACGACGAUUCAUAUCUAUUGUGGGCGAUACGGUUCUUUAUGGAGUUUAAUCGCGUGUACAAGUUUGAUCUGGAGCUGGUGAGCGAGUCCCUAAGCGUGCCGUGCUUUCACUGGAUCAUAACCCGCAUCGAGCACUACAUCGACAUGAUGAGGUCGGACAAGACCCGGGCGCGCCUCUGGGCACGCCGUUUGCACGUAGCUGUACAGGCUUAUCGGGAGAUGCUGCAAAGUCUGAACACGCUGCAAAAGUUCCAGGACGACAAGGCCAAGGAUCUGUUUGCGAUGCUGCAGAAUAAUGUGUUCUACGUGCUCGAGUACCGCGAGGUCAUCCUGCACCUGCUGAUCAACUACAACGAGAACGACAGCACCCGGGCUUACUUACGUGACGUAAUCGAGACAGCCCACAUGUUCUUCAAAAUGCUGGAAAAGUAUUGCCAGGGGACCGGCGGCGUGCGUGUCCAGAGUAAGAAGCGCGCCAAGCCGAAACGCAACAACAACAAGGACAAACAGGGCAAAGCCUCUCAGCAGCCGGAGAUGGAUCUGGAGAGUUUAGAGGGGCUGUGGCUGACAAUGGCUGGCGAAGUUUCGACAUGUCUGGCUAAUCAGAUUACACUGCCAGAGGAGGAUCAUCCGAUUCCGUUCGACGCCGCGUCCGACGUUCCAAUCGACGAUCAAAAGGGCGACUGCAUGAUACGGAUUCACUCGCUGCUCCGGGAUGGAAAAUACGAACAUGCAAUUAUUUUAAUGCGAUCUGCCAGAGAAGUUUGGCCCGAGGAUGAUUGUUUCGGAUCGCUAACAUCCGCACCGGAAGAUGAAUUAAUGUUGCUCAAGGAGAUUUUCUUGGCAAAUCUACCCCGAGUGGCAGAAAAGGAACAUCUUCCUGAAUCAGAGUUUGUUGAAGAUGCGGACAAUUACGACGAUGAUGAAGAGGAAGAUGAACAACAAAUUACUGAAACUGAUUUUAAAUUUGACGACUUUGCAGCCAGACUGCUCAACCCGAAAGUGGUCCGGGCCUGCACGUUGGCCCUCGCCGACUGGGAGCAGAUUCCGACCGGGUCGCUGAAGGCUGCCGUCACCUUGCUCCAUCGGAUUGCCGUGGGUUGUAAAAUGCCAGCGAUGUUGUUUCAAGCCCCACUGUUCCGGAUCUUCCAGCGCGUCUUGAACGCCCCGAAGGACGGCCACGAUGCCGAGCUGCGGCGGCUUGGCGUUUACGUCGUGCGGCAGUUUACCGCCCUCGCGCCCAACAAUCCGCGAAUCUACGCUGAGCUGCUGUUCUACAAAUCGAUUAAGGAAGCGAACGCGAUCGAAAUGGGAUACGAGGACAUGUACGGGAACAGCGUUGGUGCUAGCGGUCCCAAGGGCGCUUGGAGUGAGGAACAGGAGGAGGAACUGCGAAGACUUUACAUGGAGAACCAGACGAACCCAGAAACCGAUCAAGACGUCAUCGACUGGAUCUCGGAGAACCUCAUCGACAAAACGCGCACCCGUCGGUCCAUAAUCAAAAAGCUCAAAGAGCUGGGACUGAUCUUCAAAGCGCCCACCAAGAAAAGCAACGCCGCCGCCGUCAACAAGAACCUCUGGACGCCGGAGCAGGACGAAAAGCUGCGCGCGCUGUAUGACCAACAUCGCCUCAACCGUUACGUGCUGGGAAUAAUCUGCGAUGAGUUUGUUGGGGUGCGAUCCAAGCAGGCCAUCGUCAAGCGAAUGAUCACGCUGGGGUUGAUUGCUGACAAGAACGAGGUGAAGCCGCCGAAAAAAUCGCGAUCGGAGAAGGCUGUGGAGAAUGGAUUUGAGGAGGGUGGCGAUGGAAUGAGCGGUGAAGAUUCGAUGUCAGAUUCUGACAGCGGAUCGGACGGAGAGAAUGACGGGCCAGCAGAUAGUCAGCAAAAACAAGCGAAGCCUACUAGGCCGAAACCGAUCAAGCAGAGUAAACCCGCUGUUCCUGCUCAAAAGAAGCGUGCGCCGCCAACUAAGAUCACGCUGAAUGCGAAGAGCGUUCGCGGUAUUUUGUCCGAGGUGGAGGAAUCGAUGAAGGAGGCGAUCGAAUGGCUGGCGGAAUCGUUUACCGAGGCAUGUGACGAUUACGAUCCCUCGCUGGAAGAUCCGGACGAUGGAGUGCCGCUGGUGGCCGUGAUGCAAUCGCACCAGGAGGCGCUAAAGAAUGCGCAGUUUGGGAGGCUGCUGCGGGAGUUGGGCGUUGCGGAACCGGUUGAUAAUGAAACAUAUUGGCGCAUUCCGGUAUCGAUGAAACCGGACGAGCUGCAGCUGCGGAUUAAACUGUUGAACGGCGAAUAUCACGGGCAGGAGGAGGAAAAGGAGCAGGAAAAGUAUCCAGAAUCGCAAGAGUCCCAAACCGCGGCCUUGGCUCCGUUACCGUCGGACAGCGAUGAGGAGCUGUACGAGGAAGUUUUCAGCGCCUGGCGGAACAAAACCAAGGUGCUCUACAGCAAGAGCGAUGACGAGAGUGAAAUCCGCGAACCAUUGAAGCAGAAGAAGAAAAAGCAGCAGAAACCUCAAAAGGAGCGCAAAAAGUCCGCCACCGCUUCAAAGGGCGGAAACAAAAAGUUCGACCUGAACGAGCUGGCAAUGCAAAGUGACGACGACGGUGACGAGAAGGAAAAUCUGGAAGAUUUACCCCGCCACCGUUCGCUGGUGGUCUCCGACGACGACGAUGAUGAUGAUGCUGCUGGUUCUGUUGCCACGGAUCAAAAGAACAAAAGGGCAAAAUCGAAGCUGCUCAUCGCAUCGUCGGACUCGGAAGCGGAAUCGGACAGCGAACAGGUUCGGUUGGUUGUCUCGGACGAUGACGAUGACGAUGGUGUUCCCGGGAAUAGUAAUAAUGGCACGGUGACCACCGCAAGUCUCAAACGGGCCCGUUCCGAAGCUUUGGCUAGCUCCGAAGAUGACGAUGAGAAUGACGGUGCUGGCGAUAGGAGUGCUCAGAAGAAAGUCAAACCAAAUCGUCGUGCUGUGAUUAGUGACGACGAGGAGGAGUAAAUUGUAAAAAGUUGAAAUGCAGUUUCGAUUGGUAUUGCCUGUGAUUAAUUAUUUUUUUCACUUUCCAUGACUGAUUACGAUUAUAGUUUUUAGUUUGAUCAUCAAUCAAAAUUGUAAAAACUCUCAAUGAAAGCAAAUAAACGGCAGAUUGAAUUGACAAUCGUUGACUUAUUUCUACGAGGAAAAAUUGAAAAAUCACAACUUU